ACAUCAAGAUCCACCAGCAGCUGUCAAAAAGGGUAUAAUCUUAUUCGAACGUUUCUUCGUUUCUGUGUAUCCGGAAAAGUUUCAAAGCGAUAUUUACUUGUUAACUAGUGAGAUUUUUAAUUAAAAUUGCUUAAAAUUAGUAUGGCAUCGCUUAAUUUACAAGUGCUUUCAAGAAUGUCGAGAUUGGCUCCGAUUUUAAAGCAGAAUCUGAUUAGAUCUUUGAUCCAGUCGCACGUUACCUUGACACCUGCUCGAAGUUCCCUGAGAUACUUCUCCAAUGAGGAAGCCCCGAAAAAGGAAGAUGAACUUUCUGAGUCCGAAAAAAAGCUAACAAUCGAAAUGGAAAAUUUGAAAAAGGAUGUUGAAUUGCUCAAUGAAAAGGCUAGCGAGCUUGAUGAUAAGUAUAAGCGAGCACUUGCCGAUGGCGAAAACCUACGACGACGUUUGACGAAGCAGAUUGAAGAUGCAAAAAUGUUUGGUAUCCAGGGUUUCUGCAAAGAUCUUCUCGAGGUGGCGGAUAUUUUAGGCCACGCAACCGAGUCAGUUCCCAAGGAAGAGAUUUCAGAUAAAAAUCCUCACUUGAAGAACUUAUAUGAAGGCCUCACGAUGACCAAAGCUCAACUCAAUCAGGUCUUUAAACGUCACGGUUUAGAGCAGGUUAACCCACUGAACGAAAAAUUUAACCCAAACCUUCACGAAGCGCUUUUCCAACAGGAGGUACAAAAUGUCGAUCCAAAUACAGUCGUUGUUGUAAGUAAAAUUGGAUACAAACUACACGAGCGUUGCAUACGACCAGCAUUAGUAGGCGUAUCGAAAGGAUAAAUCUGGGGUGGAUUAUUCUUUGGCGAAAAAAGAUUCUAUAAAAUGACUAUUCCAGUGUAACCCUUACAAGGCAUCAGAAUACCGCACAGUAGUAAAUUGUUCUCUUCUUGUAGGACCUGUUGUAAUGGUAUCAUGUCGAAGGGCCGAACCAUAGAAUAAACUAUAAUUUAAUAAA